GGUGGGGGUGGCGGGAGGUUUCCCAACCUUAAAUCCACCAACACCCUUGAAUCUUUUUCUUUUUAUUAGAUCCAAAUGAAGGGCAAUGGGGAUGUAAGUUAUUAUUUCUAAUGGAUUAUCGCCAUCUUGCUGGGGCGCAAAUCUGAUCUGCGGGGCCAUCGCGAUUUUUUUGCAAGGGACAAGAGUUGUUGUUGUUGUGUUUUUUUUUUUGUUUUUUUUUUUUUUCCCCUAGGGGGGGAAUAUUUUGUUUUGAUUGGUAAAAUCCCUUUCACGUUUUUGAACCUGUUUUUAUCUAUUUUUGAAUUCCAUCUCAAGAUGUUAGUGCACAGUUUUUCCGCCAUGGACCGCCACGACGGCACCAGCAACGGGACGGCGAGGCUACCUCAGCUGGGCGGCGUGGGCCAGAGUCCCUACACGAGCGCGCCGCCGCUCUCCCACACGCCCAACUCAGACUUCCAGCCCCCGUACUUCCCCCCGCCCUACCAGCCCAUCUACCCGCAGUCUCAGGACCCUUACUCGCACGUCAACGACCCCUACUCCCUCAACUCCUUGCACGCCCAGCCGCAACCGCAGCAUCCGGGAUGGCCCGGCCAGAGGCAAAGUCAGGAGAGCGGCCUGCUGCACCAGCAUCGCGGCCUGCCCCACCAGCUGUGUCGGGACUACCGCAGGGAGGUGCUCCUACCGUCCGGCCACGGCAUUGACACGGGACUGUCGGACUCUAUCCAAAUCCAUGGAAUACCUCACUCUUUAGAAGAUGUCCAGCCUGUUGAGGAUCAAGGAAUUCACAUUCCCGACCAGACUGUAAUUAAAAAAGGUCCAGUGUCUUUAUCCAAGAACAACAUCUCCGGCAUCCCCAUCAACAAGGACGGCCUCUUCGGCGGGGUGGUCAACCCGAACGAGGUGUUCUGCUCGGUUCCGGGUCGCCUGUCCCUCCUCAGCUCCACGUCCAAGUACAAGGUGACGGUGGCCGAGGUGCAGAGACGCCUCUCGCCGCCCGAGUGCCUCAACGCCUCUUUGCUGGGCGGCGUGCUGAGGAGGGCCAAGUCCAAGAAUGGAGGGAGAUCCUUGAGGGAGAAGCUGGAUAAAAUCGGGUUGAAUCUACCUGCAGGCAGACGCAAGGCGGCCAACGUCACCCUGCUGACGUCACUAGUAGAAGGCGAAGCGGUGCAUCUCGCCAGGGAUUUUGGUUACGUGUGCGAGACCGAGUUCCCCGCCAAAGCAGUAGCCGAAUAUGUAAACCGUCAACACUCCGACCCAAACGAACAAGUCCAAAGAAAAAAUAUGCUACUGGCUACAAAGCAAGUGUGCAAGGAGUUCACGGACCUGCUGUCCCAGGACCGCUCGCCGCUGGGGAACUCGCGGCCGCAGCCCAUCCUCGAACCGGGAAUCCAGAGCUGCUUGACCCACUUCAGCCUCAUCUCGCACGGCUUCGGCACGCCGGCCCUGUGCGCGGCCGUCACGGCCCUGCAGAACUAUCUGACCGAAGCCAUCAAAGCCAUGGACAAAAUGUACCUCAACAACAACCCCAACAGUCACUCAGAUAACGGCACUAAAGGCGACAAAGACGAGAAGCACAGAAAGUGAUACCCCCCCCCCCCCACCCCCCCCUCUUCCAUCAAGGGGCCAAAUCCCCGGGGG